AUGUCGGAUGAUGAAGCCACACACGAAGGGUACCAUGGGUGGUUCAAGUCGGUGCCAAAGAUGGAACAGGACUUUACCCCGCAACCCAUCGAUGUGACAGCAACGACCGACUCGGCGUCUGGCGCGGGCUCUGCAUGGAACCAAGGCGGCACGUGGGAAGAAAUCAACAAGUCGCAAUGGGCGAAAGAGUCUUUGAAGCGCUUCAUUCUCGAGGAAUUCCAAAUCGUGGAUGCCGCGACUGGAUGGAACGUGCGCGCGACGACCAUUGUCAAGUGCGAUGGGGAUGCCAAGCUCGUGUUUAGUCGUGGCAAGAAGCGUUGCGGGUACGACAUUGCGCUGGAGUUCGACUACGAAGGGGUCCACGUCGGCAAGUCAGAGACGUCGUCGGGCAAGAUCAACCUGCACGACUUUGAGGACACCAACGGCGAAGACUACGAGAUCCACGUCAAGUCCGCCACGUCCUCCGCGCAGGACAAGACCACCGUCGCUAUCAUCAAGAAGCACGAGAACGCGCUGCGAACUGUCCUGUUAGCUUGGAAACAGGACCUGUUGCAACAAUAA